UGGAAGCUCGAACAAGAGUGAUCUCUUUGAGAUAUGGAUACUCAAUUUCUUUACAUUCAUCGACUAUCUCUGGUUGCAAUUGGGUUAUGGCCUUACCAUCGAACAAUGCUUGUUCAACUUCAAUGUUCUGUGUUUUCUCUUAUUUUGAUUAGUUUUAUUAUAUUUCAGCUUACAACACUUCUAACUACAGAAUGGACUAUUGACUUUAUUGUUGAAAUCCUUUCUACAUCACUUUUCGUUCUUUUGUGCACAAUUCUUUAUAAUUCUUAUUGGAUUAACACGCAUGUUAGAAAUAGUGAAUGAUAUAUUAUUGAUACGAUAGAUGAAACGUUUAUUGAACAAUCUGCAGUACAUCUGUAGCGACAUAAAGGACGAAAACGAAAUUGCUAUAAUAAAAAGAUAUGGAUACAGUGCAAAAUGUGUUGCAAUUGGAUUCACAUUGUUGACGAUAGGCGCUUUCUUCAUCGUAACUGUUUUUCCACUUCUGCCGCGGUUUUUCGCCAUCUUUUUCCUCGUAAAUGGAUCUAAGCCACAUCGCAAUAUAUACAUCAGAACGGAAUAUUUUGUUGAUCAAGAAAAAUAUUUUUAUUUUAUUUUGCUGCAUCUGUACGCAGUUCAGUACAUAGGAGGAGGUAUAUUAUUAGGAGGAGCAAUAGUGGUGACAGGAUACUUUACAUAUUUUUGUGGAUUAUUUAACAUUGCCAGUUAUCGUAUCGAACAGGCAAUACGAAUAAAUAGUGACAAAGAAAGUAAUCGAAAGAACAAGAGGGAGAUCGACAAGAAGAUAAGUCAUGCAGUCGACAUUCAUCGCACAGCUCUUGAGUUUAUUACAUUCUAUAUACAUAACUUCGAGGGACCAUGUUUUGUUAUAAUAGCGAUUCUUGUAAUUUCUUUGAGCCUCAAUCUGUUUGGAAUUUCUCGAGCCGUUUUUGUACGUAAGAUGGAAGAUUUUGUAAUACACUGUAUUUUUGUGGUUGGCAUUUUAACAUGUUCAUUUGCAAGCAGUUACAUAAGUCAAGCAAUUAUAGAUCACUAUAAUUACAUAUUUGCAACCGCAUAUGAAGUUCCAUGGUACGUUGCAUCUGUACGCGUGCAAAGAUUAAUAUUGUUUCUUUUGCAAAUAGGCGCUAAGCCUUAUAGGAUAAACUUUGGUGGUCUUUGUACAAUGUCUUUAGAAGAUUUUGCCUCGGUAAAACUAUUAUACAGGGUGGCCCCGAACGUUCCGGCCAGACUUAGUGAUUGUAUAGGAAAUUUAAUUCUGAACAAAAAGUUUCCUAUAAACAUGGGUCGAGAAAUGCUUCCUUAAAAAGUUAGCGCCCAAAAACCUCUGAAAUCACGGUUAUUUUAUACAUUUCUACAAAUAUCAAAGAAAGUAUGAGUUUUUUAACAAAAAUAUUAUACAUUUUUCUGCAUUGUUUAAGGGAAUCAUCAUAAUGGAUGGAAGUGCAAAAGGUAAAAA